AUGUUAUUCAGAUUUCGAUCUCAAAAUUUAUUCAAACUAUGUCCAAAAGUACUCGCAACCCCUAAGGUAUUCAAAUCUGACUCUAGCAAUGCAGAAACUGUAGAACUAGCCUAUUCGUCAUAUGAAAGUACUGAUACGGAUACAUCAAAAAAACCACCUCUUGUGAUUUUACAUGGCUUGUUAGGUUCGAAAAAUAACUGGAACAGUAUGAGUAAAGCUAUCCACAAGGCAACCGGAAGGAAAAUAAUCAGUAUCGACGCUCGUAACCAUGGCGACAGUAGGCAUUCAUCUCAACACACCUAUAUUCAUAUGGCCCAUGAUGUAAUCAAAUUGUUAAAGAAAUUAGAGAUAUCAAAGGUCUCUAUCCUAGGCCAUAGCAUGGGAGGACGCACUGCUAUGGUUUUGUCGCUCCUCUGUUCCGACCUAGUCUCAAGUAUGAUUGUGGUUGAUAUCUCUCCAGUUAAGACUAGCCCACAGAUUUUUACCAUGAUGAAUCUCUUUGAUGCCAUGGCUGCUGUAUCAAUAAGGACGGGUAUUGCUAUGUCCAAAGCAAGGAAACUAGCAGAUGAACAAUUAAAAAAUGUGUCACCGGAUGUGAAUCUAAGGAACUUCUUAAUAACAAACUUGAUACAGACUAAUACAGGUACAUAUACAUGGAGGGUGAAUCUACCAGCAUUGAAGGAUAAUUUUCAAAGUCACAUUUCAAACUUUCCUACAACAUUAAAGGGACUCCAAUACUGUGGGCCGACACUUUUUAUUGGAGGCUCUCUGUCAGAUUAUAUUGGCAAAAAUGAUUUACCAGAAAUCCAAGAAUAUUUCCCUCUUGCUGAGUUGGUAUUUAUAGAUGGGGCUGGUCAUUGGGUUCAUAGCCAAAAGCCUGAAAAAUUCCUGGAGACUGUUUGCAAAUUUUUGGCAGACAAAUAA